CUCCUCCCGCAGGCCCCGGCGCCAUGAAGGUGAAGAUCAAGUGCUGGAACGGCGUGGCCACCUGGCUGUGGGUGGCCAACGACGAGAACUGCGGCAUCUGCAGGAUGGCCUUCAACGGCUGCUGCCCGGACUGUAAGGUCCCGGGAGACGACUGCCCGCUGGUGUGGGGCCAGUGCUCGCACUGCUUCCACAUGCACUGCAUCCUCAAGUGGCUCAACGCGCAGCAGGUGCAGCAGCACUGCCCCAUGUGCCGCCAGGAGUGGAAGUUCAAGGAGUGAGCGAGCCCGCCCGCCCGUGCUGACACCGCCCGGCGGCCAAGUUUCUAUUCAAUAAAGUAAAACUCCCAGAAGUC